AUGGCAGGCACCAUCCGAGCCCUCGUCUCCCAAGGCGACAAGACCGCCAAAGUCCAAGAGGUCCCUAAGCCUCAGCCCGGCCCCGGCGAGAUCCUCGUCAAGAUCUCCGCCGUAGCCCAGAACCCAACCGACUGGAAAGCCACAGCCGGCGCUCCCGCAGGCCGUACCGUCGGCUGCGACUUCGCCGGCACCGUCGCAGACCCCAACGGCUCCUCCCUCAAAGAAGGCCAGCGCGUUGCAGGCUUCGUCAUGGGAACCAGCGACGACCCACCACGCGGCGUCUUCGCGCAGUACGCCGUCAUCGAGAGCAGCCUCGUCUUCCCCGUCCCUGAAUCCGUCACGGAUUCCCAGGCCGCUGUCAUCCCCUUGGCCUUCGCCACCGCUAUUCAGGCACUUUUCCAGCGGCUGAGACUGCCUGAGCCGACGAGCCCGUCCAAGGAGGCGCUUCCUGUGUUGAUCAAUGGCGGAACGGGCAGUGUUGGAUUAUAUGCCAUCCAGCUGGCGAAGAAGGCUGGGUUAUACGUCAUCGCGACUGGAGGCAAAAAGAACCACGGGCUCCUGAAGAGUCUCGGUGCGGAUGUGGCGAUUGACUACCGCGACGCCGACUGGAUUGAGCAGGUCAAGACGGCUGCGAAGAACAACCUGAAGCACGUCUUUGACGCCAUUAGCGAAGUCGAGACCACAAAGGCUGUCGCGACGGCGCUCUCACCCGAAGGUGGCCACGUCGUCUGCAUUCUGCCGCGCAAGGCGAAGGAGGUCGGCGCUCCUGAGGGUGUAAAGGUCGAGAGCACGUUGGUGUACUCAGUCUUUGGAAGGGCGCUGUCAUAUGGAAGUUUCGACAACAUUGAUGGCGAGAAGCCUGAGGAUAAGAAGUUUUGGGAGAAGUACUUGGGGCUCCUGCCCAAGUGGUUGGAGGAUGGCUCCAUCAAGCCGAACCCGCAAAAGGAGUUUGGUGGUCUGGAUGAUAUCAACAAGGGCUUUGAGUUGCAGGCCAAGGGCGGUGUGAGUGCUGAGAAGCUGGUCUACAAGAUUGUUUAG